AUGGGUAACAGCCCGUCAAGAUCAAACAACAAUUUCGCAGUACCGAGUGCCUCGAAUGGAAUUUUGCAAACGAGUGAUGACAACAAUAAUGAACCUAAUGAACCGGACGAUAGUGGUCCCACAAAGAGUAUAGACAUUGGUAUUGGUAAUAAUGGUACUAGUAAUGGUAAUGGUAAUGGUAUGGGGUGUAAUAGAGAGAGGUACAGAAGGUGCUCAGCAGAUUCUGGUACUACCAUGGUAGGUGGAUCUGGAUCAUCUUCGAAUCGUAACAACGGUGGCGGAGACAUUGGUGAAAAGGGAUUUCUCUUGAACGUCGGAAUUAGUACUGCCAAGGCAUUUGGCGGUGCAGGAUCUGUUGGUAGUGAUAGUGCGUCCAGCGAGAAUACCUUGAUUUCGCCAAGACAAAACAGAACAUGUUCAUAUGACAGUCAAGGAAGUUCUUACGGGUCAACAUCGAUCCCAAACUAUCGUAGCAAGCAGCACCGUGUGGUCUUACAGAGAUAUCCGAAUGAUCCUAGUAAUAACGAAUGUUUGGAUUUAGAUGAUGCUAUUGAAAAAUUGUUGCAGAUUGGUGAAACUAGACAUUACAAGUCAAGAGAUUUCCCAUUCCGUACAUGGGAGAUUCAGUUGAUCUGUUGUCAUGCAAGAGAAAUUUUGUUGUCGCAGCCAUCUUUGUUGCAAUUACAGGCCCCAAUUAAGGUUGUUGGUGACAUUCAUGGUCAAUUUACGGAUUUGUUGAGAAUCUUCAAAUUGUCGGGUGUCCCCCCAGAGACUAAUUAUUUGUUUUUGGGUGAUUACGUGGACCGUGGUAAGCAAUCUUUAGAAACAAUUCUUCUGCUAUUGUGUUACAAAGUCAAGUACAAAGAUAAUUUCUUUAUGUUAAGAGGUAAUCAUGAGUCCGCUAAUGUGACGAAAAUCUAUGGAUUUUACGAUGAAUGUAAAAGGAGAACUUCUUCUAAAGUUUGGAAAACGUUUGUAGAUGUUUUCAAUACUUUGCCAUUUGCUGCUAUCAUUCAAGAUAAAAUCUUUUGCGUCCAUGGUGGUAUUUCCCCAGAUUUGAAAUCUCUGCAGCGAAUUGCUCAGAUUGCAAGACCUACGGAUAUUCCGGAAGAAGGUUUACUUACAGAUUUACUUUGGAGUGAUCCUGAUUCUCAAAUAUCAAAUUGGUCUGAUAAUGAUAGAGGUGUUUCCUUUACGUUUGGUAAGAAGAAUGUACUUGAUUUUUGUUCACAGUUUAAUUUUGAUCUAGUAAUUAGAGGUCAUAUGGUUGUUGAAGAUGGUUACGAGUUUUUCGCCAAGAAAAAACUUGUUACUGUUUUUUCAGCCCCGAAUUACUGUGGUGAAUUUAACAAUUGGGGGGCAGUAAUGAGCGUUACAACAGGUUUGAUGUGUAGCUUUGAACUUCUAAAACCGCACGGAAGGCGUAAGUCUUAG